AAUAAAGCAUAGAGGUUGCUAGACCCCGUGCUAAAACUAUCAAAAUCCAUUUGAUUUUUACUGGGGUUGUUCGAAAUGUCAAAUUUGUACGAUGAAAACAAAGUGUCUGUCAGUCAGUCAGCUCUCAAAUCAGCUGUUCUUAUUUCCUGAUCGUGAAUAAAUUCAAUUGACAUGUAUUCGACUGAUGCGAAGCAGCGGUAUGCGGAUAAAAUACAACUAUGUGGCUCGAUUGAUCCCUACAGUCUUACCGUAUCCCCCACGGAGGUGCCGAUAAAUGUCAGCUACGCAGAUAUUUACCACUUCAUGGUGGUCGAGACAAACCCGUUCACCGGUUACCCAAAAGAUUGCCGGAAAGGUAUGGAAGCAAACUUAUGGUUCCAACAAGGUUGGGUCAAGUACGUCGGAGGAAAACAAGUGCAUAAUGUGUUUGUGGUCCACGGAAGAGUUUUGCACUCAUUCAAUUUAAGGAAAACACCUCUCAAACCUUGGAUAAUUGUCGAUCGAAGUGGAAAAAUACUAUCAGCGCACUGCAACUGUACAAUUGGUUUGCUGGAAACUUGUUCGCAUGUUGGCGCAACGUUAUUUGCGCUCGAAGAUAUUCGUCGAAAAAUAGCUGAAAAAAAGAUCUCGGUAACAGAUCUUCCUGCAUAUUGGAACAAGCCACCACGAGUCCCCGAACAAAAUCUGUACAAAAAGAUAAAAGACAUAUCAUUUGGAAGAAAAGUUAGGCGAUUCUGGGGAGAUGUACCACCCACAAAUGAUGCCAAAUACACUGAUUUUUUCAACUCCAUUCAAAAUGAAGGACUACAGGUAUCAGCUAUGACUUCGUUCUGUGGCUCGUCGAACUUUCAAUGUAUGACAUGCAAAGAAAACCUUCAAAUUGAGGUAGAUUUUGAAGAGUAUUUUCUUGACAAACUGUUCGAUGCAUCCCACCGGUCCUUAAAGAUAGAAGAAAAAAUGAGCCUUGCUGAUUUAACAUCGAUCUCAAUGAAGUGUGAACCAGAAAAACUAAACCGUAUUGAACAGAUUACCGUUUCUCAAAAUGAUUGUUCAAGCUGGAAAAAAUUUCGAAUUGGUCGUAUCACAGCUUCUGUCUUGAAGGAUGUAUUACGCACAAAUGUCAAUAAACCAUCAAUUUCUUUAAUCAAGCGAAUUUGCUACGACUAUUACAAUAACUUUCAAACUGUUUCAACACGAUAUGGAAUACUUAACGAAGCAAAGGCAUACGAUAAAUUAUUUCAAAGUGUAGCUCACCUCCAUAUCAAUGCUAGGAAGGUACAGAGUGGUUUCAUCAUUUCAUCUGAAAACCCUUGCCUCGGAGCCUCACCGGACGGCAUCAUCUAUUGCGAUUGUCAUGGAAAGAUUGCAGUAGAAAUCAAGUGCCCUUAUGUUGUUAGAAAUGAAACAGCGGAUAAUGUUGUUGAAACUUUGUUGAAAAUGCGCGAUGCAUUUUUGCUGCGAAACGAUAGGAAUGAAAUUUUACUCAACAUAAAUCAUAAAUACUACUACCAAGCAUUAAUGCAAGUGCACAUUGCGAACGCCAACUUCGGAUAUUUUUAUAUUUGGUCUCAAUCAAACCAUAUUAUUUUCGAGAUAAAACGACACGAUGCUUUGUGGGAAUCGUGUCGUCAGAAAGCAGUUAUGUUCUUCAACCAAGUUAUUCUUUUUGAAUUAUUGUAUAAGACUUAUUACGGAACCAUUGUAAUUUGGCAUUCCAUUAUUCCAACGUUGCAGAGUGGUAAUCGGGAUCUGAUCGGACAACAUUAG